AUGGCAGCCGGCGCUGGCGCUGCUGAGAGAGAUGCGGGAGGCAAAGUUGGAGCCCGACUCAGCUACAGCGCUGGGAUCAGCGCGUGCGAGAGGGGCGAGCAGUGGCAGCAGGCGUUGGCGCUGCUGAGCGAGAUGUCGGAAGUGAAGCUGGAGCCCGACGCCAUCAGCUACAGCGCUGGGGUCAGCGCGUGCGAGAAAGGCGAGCAGUGGCAGCGGGCGCUGGCGCUGCUGAGCGAGAUGCGGGAGGCGAAGCUGAAGCCCCCCUAUCAGCUACAAUGCUGGGAUCAGCGCGUGCGAGAAGGGCGAGCAGUGGCAGCGGGCGCUGGCGCUGCUGAGCGAGAUGGGGGAGGCGAAGCUGGAGCCCGACUCAGCUACAAUGCUGGGAUCAGCGCGUGCGAGAAGGGCGAGCAGUGGCAGCGGGCCCUGGUGCUGCUGAGCGAGAUGUGGAAGGCGAAGCUGAAGCGCAACGUCAUCAGCUACAAUGCUGGGAUCAGCGCGUGCGAGAAGGGCGAGCAGUGGCAGCGGGCCAUGGCGCUGCUGAGCGAGAUGCGGGAGGCGAAGCCGGAGCCCGACGUCAUCUCUCCUACAUCUACAAUGCUGGGAUCAGCGCGUGCGAGAAGUGCGAGCAGUGGCGGCCGGCGCUGGCACUGCUGA